CGUUUCCGUAGCAUUUGAUGUAACUUUCACCUGGAGCCUGUCAGGCUAGGAAUAAUGGUGUAGGAGGACGAACCUUCAUUGUGGAUAACACACAACUUUUGCCUAAGAAGACUGGCUUGUGAGAAUGGGGGCUGGUGCGAGUUUGUGCAUUAGGACUAAGUCCAACCCCCAGGUUUCUCCAGUAGAGAUGGCCAGUGCGGGAAGACCCCCAACGUUUGGUGAUCUUCCAAGGAAAUCGACAAAUAGCGAGUUCGUAAUGGCUGACAUGAAACGUUUAAGAUGGAGUAGAGGGCUGCUUGAGAUCCAACAAAAGGGAUAUGGGCAUGUCGAUAGCCAAGGUAAACCGAUAGGUGACACCAGUCAUUCCCCACCGAAGGAGAGAAAACAGACUUGCAGCAAAAUGGCCAGUGGGAGUACAAGGCCAAAUGGCCAUUCUUUAGGAGCAAAUUGCAAAACAAAGGAUGAACUUGAAUCACAAAUGCGGAAAAGUAAAGCAUCAUUAUGCAGAAAUGUUUCAAAUCUAACAAGGGACUCUGGGCGGAGUACGUCACAUGAUAACGAAGAGCCAAAUGAAGUGAUAGGGAAUGGGGGACAGACUGGGAGCAAGACUAAAUGUAUUGGCCCUGUUGGUUAUUUGAAUGUCCCUGCAGCUGUGGGACAGGUUGAUGCAUCAGUUUCACAGGUUGAUCCACAAGUUCAUUCCCCCAACUCUUCAAACUAUAAUUCUAUGAGCGGUCAGGAGGAAAGUCCAACACCGAGUCAGAAAAGUAACUCUAUUACAAAAAGUGGUGCUAAAGCCCCUGCUCGGCAUACACCUAAAAUAAUGUACAGUCAUAGCGAAGAUCGCUUUACCUCAGGAAAUAAAAAGACUCAUCCGAUUUUUCCAUCAUUGCCUUACUCUCCCUAUGGAUCGCCAACGAUGUCACCCCGAUUACGCCGGCAGCCGACCAAGGAGUCUCGGUCAGUGUCAAUAUCAGAUGAUGCAGAUGGAUACAUUCAGUUGAACCAGUACAAACUUAAGGAUGAGAUUGGCAAGGGUUCUUAUGGUAUCGUGAAGCUAGCCUACAGUGCUGAGGAUGAAACUGCUUAUGCAAUGAAAAUACUUUCUAAGAAGAGGCUAAUUAAAAAAGCGGGAUUCUUCCGGCGACCUCCUGCAAGAGAUGGUGCCCCUAACAUGCGCAUCCAGCAUCCCCUCGAAAAGGUUUAUCGUGAGAUUGCCAUUCUGAAGAAGUUGGACCAUCCUAAUAUCGUGAAACUAGUGGAAGUCCUUGAUGAUCCUGAACAGGACAACUUGUAUCUUGCCUUUGAGUUGGUUCAAAAGGGGGAAGUGAUGGAGGUGCCAACAGACAUCCCCUUCAGUGAGGAUCAAGCAUGGUCGUACUUCAGAGACAUUAUCAUGGGGACAGAAUAUUUGCAUUACCAGAAGAUCAUCCAUCGAGACAUCAAGCCCUCUAAUCUCCUGCUGGCAGACAAUGGACACAUUAAGAUUGCUGACUUUGGAGUGAGCAACGAGUUCCAGGGGAUAGAUGCCCUCCUGUCCAAUACUGCAGGUACGCCGGCAUUCAUGGCACCAGAGGCUCUGAGAGAAGAUGGUGGGGAGAAAAAAUACAGCGGGAAGGCACUCGACAUAUGGGCCAUGGGGGUGACUUUAUACUGCUUUCUUUAUGGCAAGGUGCCAUUUGAAGAUGAAUAUGUUCUCGGCCUCCAUAAAAAGAUAUUGACCCAACCAGUGAUAUUUCCUGAGAUGCCUGUGAUAAGUGAAGAAGCCAAGGACCUAAUGUUGAAGGCCAUGAUGAAGAAUCCUGAGGGGCGGCCGACUUUACCCCAGAUCAAGGAGCACACCUGGGUGACCAAGGGGGGACGGUACCCGCUCAUGCUGGAGGAGGAGAAUUGUACCCUUGUCACAGUCAAUGAUGAGGAGGUCGAUAAUUCUAUCACAUCUGUGCCAAAACUGGAUACUUUAAUCUUUGUUAAGAGUAUCCUAAAGAGGAAGUCUUUCAAGAAUCCGUAUAAGGAGACAAACAAGGAGAAUAUGUCCCAGCGGUCAGAAGACUUCAGGAAGUCUGGCAGGUCCAACUCUGCCCCAGAAGCUCUUGAAGUGCCAUACAGAAAAGUCUCCGGUGAUAACAGCUUGCCAAGUUUGAUAGAACAGUGAGCAGACAACAGAUAGUAGUGCCACCUAUGGUCAUCUCGAUGCACUAUGCAACCUGGAAUGAUGCAGUGCAUUAAAACCGAUGCUGAAUCCUGGCAGCUGAUUUAGACAGUAGAAUGUGUGCACACCAUCCAUAAAAAAAUCACAGUGUAUAUUUAGCCGUGAACCGGUUACUAUAUUAUUUCUACUAUUUUACAGUGACUUCCGUUCAGACAUGCACAGUUGAUACUUUUUUGGACUUGAUCAUUUUGGAGAGUUGGCAGCCAUUUGAUGUAUAAUUUGGACCAUGAGAAUGCAUCUAAAAAAAGCCUCCACCGCCCCAUGAAAUGUGCUAUUUACCAGUUCACGGCUAAAUAUACACUGCGUGUUCUAGAUAGUAGAAUGUGUGCACACCAUCCAUAAAAAAUGCAAAACUCUGUUGUGAAACAUUUUGCUUGGUCGAUUUUGUCAUGUUUUCUUCUCCAAGUUUUGUGAUCCAUGAAUCUUUCAUGAAUUAUUUGGUGGUAUUUUUAUUGAAAUGGUGGUAAAAGGAGUAGGUAAAUGCUCUUUUUUGGCUAUCUGCGACCAAAGAGAUGAUUGCUGUACUUGCAUUAUUCAAGUCCCUUUUUGCUCACCUCCACAAAGUGCUAUAUUUCCCUAACUAAGAGCUUGAGUAUCACCAUAUUUUUAUCGUAGAUACAUGUAAUGACGAUACAGGAUAUUUCACACAAGUUUUUGAUUUGACCUUCUUUUCAAGGUCACAGAGGUCAACUAACAUAAAUUGGCCGAUGGUGACACGUUUGGUAACUACUGGAGCUAUUGACUUGAAUUUGGUACAUAUGUAGCCCUAUGUUAUGAAAGCUUGUAGGUUAAAUUUCGGUCUGGUUCAAUUCCUGGUUUGGCCACCAGGUGGCUAAAAUCAAAAACAAUAACAUGUCUUUUAGGGAGGUGAGCACAAUGGCCCUGGCCAUUUCAUAUGUUGAUGGAGUAUUAUUUGCUUGGUCAGUAUCAUUGUAGAAAAAUUUAUUCCCCUGCCAAAAUAUAGUAAUAGUCAUUGCCAGUUUGGUAAUGGAGUGACUGCAGUGGUUGAUAAUGACAGUCAUUCUGAUGGCAUCUCAUUUAAAAGCACCACGUUCUGCAACUAAACACAAUUUCAUUGCGUCUGCACAUAUACGUGAAGGUGCAUAUUAUUAUGAGUUCUCUAUCAUUACGAAAAGACUUUGAACUGCCAGUACAUGAUGGAAACACAAUAUUUUUACGUGAAAAUGGCUGUGCAUCUGACCUGGAUAACACUCAAGCCCCUCUGCCGCCGCCAAUUGCGUAUUAGUACGAUAUUUUGUUCACAGAGAGUAAUUUUGUUAACCUCAAUUGUAUUUACGGCUUCCCAGCGAUCUCAAUCUAUCAAACGUAUCAUUUAUGUAACAAGCCUUCUGAUUGGUAAAUAUGCACCCGCCAUCAAAUAUUAGCAGAUUUUCAGCCUGAAUCAGUGCAAUUCGUAAUAAUAAAAUUCUUGUUUACAAAAUAUUGUCUCCCAAUUGAAAAGCUUUGUCGGGCGAUAAAAAUCAUAAUUUCUAAAUAAAUUAUGGGUGAAAGUGUAAAAUAAUGAAACAGGGUGAUUGCUAAUCAUUACGGAUGACAACAAGAGCUUAGACUUGCAAAACAAGCUGUGAAUACUAGCAAAAUUUGUCAUUGAAUCGGUGCAAUUACACGCUCUUCGUAAUGAUGUGACCAUUUAUAAUACAUUUCAAGAAUCGGCUUCUUCACAUUUUAAAUGAAGUUCAAAUGCUGGCUUUAAGUUUCAUAAUUAAAAUUGAAAUUAAGAUUGAAAUUGAAAUAAGCAUCCAGUGAAGUAUUGUAAGCUAAAAUUCUGCAGGCAGCACUCUUAAAUGUGUUGACAAACUGUGCAGUACACUUUACUGUGUUAAUGUUUCCAAUUGCAUAUGGUGGGGCUUUACGUGCAUUGCUUAAUAUUUCAGUUCAUAAUGCUUUAAGGAUGCAAUAUUGAAAGCAAUACAAAAACAAGUGUCAUAGCUUUACUUUUGUAAUCGUUGUUAUACUGUUGUUCAUAUUCAUAAAGAUCUAGCCAUAACUCAGAUGAUGGCAAAAGGAAUUGGUCCUGUUGUCGGUUCAAUCCUAUUGUCUUAGUUGACAUUCUCCUUUUAUAUUCAUGGAGAAAUGAAGUUCUCUGAUAUCAUGUCAUAUGUUCUAUUUUCAAGAUACAUUUUCUUCAGUUUUAUAUCCUAUUGGUCAACUAUUUAGAGUGUGACAUUUACUUGACACACAUGUGCAUACCAGCUUACGGGACUUGCCAUUCCAAAGUAAUCACUGAGUAUGUUUUGUUUAUCCACUCGAUGUGUAAUUGUGUUAUGAAAUCAUGGCAACAGGAUUUUCCUUGUCUGCCCUCUAUACUGAAUACAUCAGGGUAUUUUCAGUACCAAGUACUCUGAACAUUUUACUUCUCUGCACUUCAGUGUGGGUUCAACUAAAACCUUCUCAGAGAACAUUGUCGUUUGAACCAUUCGGAAGAUGAGUCCUCCUGAUCAGAAAUGCAGAACAAAAUUAUGUGAACAGUUGAUACAAAUCAUCUGACUAGUCGAAGGAAGCGGAUCAGAGCAACCUGUGUGCAUAACAUGUUUUGACCAAACAUUUUCACCCAAGAAGGAAUAAAAACUUGGGCUUCUUCUGAAAAAUAUCUUGUGUUUAUGUCAGAACUUCAGAGAGACUCAUAAUGAUCUGAGAAUGGCUAACUGGCACUCAGAGUCUAGGAAAAAAACAUUCAGUGGGGCCAGGACUGGUACUGUGUAGUUGUUCAUAAGGUUAUAGUGUUGUGAUGCAUUAUUCAAACAGGUUGUGGAUUUGAUGCAAAUUAUAAUAUUCUGUGUCGCAGGGAGUACUAAAGGCACAUGCUCAUUAACUUCUGCACAUAAGUGCUGGAGAGAAGAAAAUGCUGCCCAUGCCUUUUGUAUGUAAGUCAAGUGUUAUUUUAUCUCCCAGAGAACAUUAAGUGUUGUAAAGAUUAGAUUGCACUUACUGUCAGACUCAAAGUAGUCUCAAUGAAAUUUCACUUGUCAGGGUCUAAGGCAUGGGUACUAUUUGUGUGCACUUGCAAUUUUUUUCAGUGGCGGUGCAUGGUGCCAUAGAUGGUCAUGAAAGAAUUGACUACCAAUUCCAGUGGAUGACAGUGAUGUUGUAUUGCAAACUGUGAUGUAAACUGCCUUGGUGUGCCCUCACAACAGCCCAGUGGAUCAGUACUCGAUACAUGAACUUACCACUGGCUACAACUUGAACACUGCUGUUUAAGCUCUGCACUAGCUAUCACAGGUUAAUCAUUGAAGCAACAGUAUACCACUGGUGCAUUCAGCCUGCCAAAUGAUAAAAAUCCUCUGAAACAUUCUUGUCGCUGGUUACCCCACUUGCAAUUAGCCCUGGGUUGUGAUGAUGGCAGGCAAGGCAUGUUUUGAAAUAUUUUGUACAGUGUUUUCUUGCUUUUCCUGCCAUUUGGGGAAAGAGGUUUUUCUUCUGGUUUUUGACUCUUUAUGGUGAAGUUUGUAUUGUAUAAGAAUGCAGCCUCAUCAGCAUAUUCAAAUGUGUAAUAUAGAAUUCUAAGAUUUUA